AUGUUGCGCUGUGAAAAACUACACAGGCCGGCGGCCUACGAGCCGAUUUUGGUCCGGUUGCCACAAGUUUUUGGAGCAGCGCUUUUGCAUUGGGAGAAAAAAAGGCAGUAUUUUUCCGUGAUCUUGGUGCUGACAAAGACUGCCUCACUAUUCUUAGGCAUUUUCUUCUUGCAGUCAGCAUCCCUGUGUUUUUUCCGCCCAUGCCGAGAGAAAGUCAUGAGCAGCCGGUUUCUUGUCCCAUGUUCUUACAAGACAAAGAAUUUUGAUGAUAUAAAGCUCUCAAUGGCUCUCAUUCAAAGAUUCGAAAGUGACACGGAUUUUUGUCAAAGCGCCCGAAAACGCACAGACGUCCCUUGACAGGGCCUGUGACAUUUUGUAUUUCGUCUUGUCCGCUGAUUGUGGACACAUUCUUUACAGGUUGCUUCUGGCAGCACGGUUUGAAGCCACGCUGAUGCUGCGCUGUGAAAAACUACACAGGCUCUCAGGCUGAUGUGCCAAGACUGCCGGGUUCCAAAGGUAGCGCAUGGGGGCCUUGCCAUUCCUCUGACACGGGCUCAGCCAUGCACUUCAACCGGCCAUUGCCAGAGGAGGGUUUCAAAGGGGGUUCUGCUCCUUGCCAAGCCUGCAACCCUGCCACAGAACAUGAGCCUGCGACCCAGCCAGAGAUCCAGUGCAGUGCAUUUGUCAGGUGCCUUCGUAUGACCAACGAAAUAGUUUUGAGCUUGUAAAGAAAGCAAGCGCAGCGUGGGAUAUCUCGCAGGAAAUUGCAAGUGAGUUG